AUGCCCUCCUCCCCUCCCCCUCCAAACCACCAACCGGCCGUCGCCCUCUCCGACAUACUAGGCACGUCCCGCGCCUUGACGAGCUUCUCGUCCCUCGUCCGUCUGCACGAGUCGACAUCCUCCCUCCUAUCGGACAUGUCGACAAACACCACCAUCCUCGCCCCUCUCAACUCUGCCAUCGACGGCAUGCCUCAUAAGCCUUGGGUUGAUCCGCGUGACUACGCUGCUGCUGCUGCUGGCGGUGGUGGCGGUGGUGGCGGCGGCGGCAGCGACGGUCACCACAAUGUCGACGUGUACGAGGGUGAGGGCGGUAGGAAGAGGGCGAGGGAUAACCUGCUCAGGUUCGUCGAGGCGCAUCUCGUCCCCGUCAGUCCGUGGGACGGCAGCAAGGUGCGCACCUACAGCAGUGGGGGUGAUGGCGGGAGGACGGUGUGGUGUGAGAGGCGCGACGACGGCAAGACGUACGUUAUGCCUGAUGGAGUCGAGGUGGAAAAGGUGGCCAGCCAGGUUGGGAAUGGGGAGAUGUGGCUUCUCAAGGGUGUCUUGACUUCUGUGUAA